AUGGAGGCACCCAACUCUCCCCGUGAACCCUCUCCACCAGUCCUCGUGAUCACCCCCGUCAAUCCUCCGCAAAACCGCAAAAGAAAGCAUACAGCAAUCUCAAACACUGUCGCGUCCUCCCCCGCACCGUCCGAUCCUGGUGCGACGCCCACUGCUGUUCCCGAGAACAUUGUUCUCCCAACGCGACAUCUAGAUCUCAUCUCCCGGCCACGACUCACCAUCUCCCGACAUCCUUCGUUCGUUCCCAUUCAUCCUGGCUCCCCGUACUAUACUACAGAGCCACUAUGUAACAACCGUCUCAAUUUUCGAUAUACUCCUGCCGGUCUUGCUUCCGAAGGAUGCACGCUGCCGUUCAGGACGAUCGAGUCCGCUCCUACGUGUUUUCGAGUCUCCUGGGAAGACAGGAGUACAUUCAUCAAGGUGACUCAGGACGGGCUUGGGCUGAAGGGCGAAAAAGGGUUCCGAAGCGCGCGCUGCAACGCGCCGAUUCGCGAGGGAAAGUGGUACAUGGAGGUGAAGAUCGAACUCGGGGGAGGAGAGAGGGAUCCAGAAAGCAAGAGUUUGGAAGGCAGUCAUGUUCGGCUGGGAUGGGCACGGCGGGAGGCCCCGCUGAACGGUCCGGCCGGGCUGGAUGGGUACAGCUACGCAUACCGCGACAAGACCGGGGAGAAGGUGAACCUGUCCCGUCUCCGUCCCUAUGGACAGCCUUUCCGGUCUGGAGACGUCAUCGGUAUGUACAUCUCCCUCCCUUCCCCGCGUCGGAAGCCGGACAAGAAGGACCCUCACGACCCCGCGCAUUUCAAGCGCGAGCGGAUCGCGAUUGAUUUCAAAGGGCAAGAGUACUUCGAGUCCCUCGAAUAUCCCCAGUCGAAGGAGAUGAUUGCGCUCAUGGGCGCGAGCGACCGCGCGAAGGCGACAAACUCCGGCUCGAUGCCAUCCUCAGCGACGAAGAAAUCCGCAACGGUCAAGAAUCUCCCCUUGACGGCGCGCGGGAACAAGGACAGCGUGCGGGAGCCCGCCUCGCUGCGCCCGCUGCCCACGCUCGGGGCGGACUCACACAUCGCGUUCUUCGUGAACGGCGCGUGCCAGGGCGUCGCAUUCCAAGACCUCUUCGACUACCUGCCCCUGCGGGCGGCACGAAACAAGGCGCAGGAGAAGAAGCGCGCGAACAAGGAGGGCUUGCGCGAACACCGCGAGAACGCAUGCGACGACGGCACGCUCGGAUACUACCCCUUCAUCUCGCUCUUCAAUGGCGCGCGCGUGCGCAUCAACCCCGGCCCCAACUUCGACUUUCCCCCGCCGCCGGACGUCGACGCGCUGCUCGCGGGGGCCGACGACGCCGCCGCAGACGUCAAGCCGCCCCCUCCGCAGGCCCCGCGGACGUGGCGCCCGAUGUGCGAGCGCUACCAGGAAUUUAUCGCGGAGCAGAAGGCGCUCGACGAGCGCGAGGAGGCGGAGGCGAACGGGACGCGCCAGGCACGCCCACCACCCGCCGCGCACGCCCCGCCCGCAGCGAGUGACAGCGCCCGCAAAACGACCGAGUUGGACCCGGACGAGGAGAGGGCGAAGCUCGAGGCGCACAGGGCUAAGCGGCGGGCACAGGCCGCGGCGCGGCGCGAGCGCAAGGCACGCGCUGCGUUGGAGGAGGCCGAGGCGAAGCGGCGCAAGCUUGCGGAGGAGGAGACAGCGCGCGGGGCGAGCAUGGACGUCGACGAUGGCGCGCGCUUUGGGCUUUCUGCCGUCGCCCCGGACGUGCCCCUCCUGGAGCUCCCGCAGGAGUACGACGAGCGCGCGGCUGACUCGCCUGCGCCGACGGUGGAUGCGCGGCCGGUGACGCCGCACCACGACUCGAGUGCGUACAAUUCCGAGUACGAUGUGGACGACGAGAAGGACACGGGUGCACAGGAUGGGCCGGACGAUGUCGGUGACAAUGACAUGGAUAUGGAUGACAGAGGCGAGCUGGGCGUCGGGAAUGGCGUGUACAUGUACGAAAAGCGGGAAGACAUAACCCAAUGA